AGACCUACAUGGCUUCAUUCAAUCAUCUUUUAUAUACGAUAUCAUGGCAAAAAUCAUGUUAAAUAUCAUGUGCUAUUACAGUAAAGUAACAUAUUGGAUUCACAGGAUUCCUGCACCAAGUAAAGGUUUAAUAAUGUUGGCACAUCCACUGUAUACAGUAGAUACUGUAUAAUAUUGAUUUCAUAUUGUUUCAUGAAAUUCAAUAUAUAAAAACAUUCUGACCAUAAUUAUAAUGCUAUUUUGAUAAAUUAAUUAGAAAGGUAUUAAUCAGCAGGUAUUCGUUUGAAGAUGCAAUUCAUUUCACUGACUGCUCUUUCUAAGGUAACUAAAAUAUUACACAGUACCACAAUAAUAAACAACAUAUUGUUAUGAAUACAUCUCUGACAAUGUCACUUGAAGUUACUUUGUCACAUGCAUGAGUGGCAUUCUCUGCAUUGAACCUGAAACAGCCACAAGAACAGAAUCUUGGUGUCGUGACAGCAUCUUAGCUCACUGGAAAUCAGCCUCCAUGUUUUUGGUUGUUGGCAGGGGUGUCGAAGUGGGAAUGUUGCACGAUGCGCCCCCACGCUUCCCCCCACUUUGACACCCUUGACUUUACCUCGAACUGUUCAGCGUUAACAUCCUUGCACUGCUACUUCACAUGUACUUUUAAGGUUUGCCAGCAGUUACAAAAUGACAUUCAUGCACUCAACCCCAGCUAAAAAUCAUGUUUAAAGCCAGAAAAAGUUACAUGGUGAAAUAAAUGUUGUAAAAAAUUUUAAUUAAUAUUAAAUAAAUUAAUUAAAGUAAAUGAAAGUAAACCACGUGCUAGAUGUAUUGUGUAAAUUACUGUAUUCUACUUAUGUGUAUUUUUGUAAGGUUUGCCAGUCUUUGUAAUUAUCCAAUAAAUAUUUCCUCCGCUGUAAUAAAUCAUAUUAGAGUCAUUGAUAAUUUACAAUUUAUGGUGUCAAAUAAUUGUAAAGUCAUUAUUUAAUUUAAGAAAUUUUAGGAGGGCUUGAAGCUAUUUGUAACUUUUGGUCAUUGAAUUUUCUUUUCAUGAACGAGAGUUAAAAAGCAAAAACGACUGGCUCAAUUGAAUAACUACCUCUACAUAUAGAUGUUGAUUUUUAAUGUAUUUUUCAUAAAGCAGAAAAAAAACAUUUGGACACCGGAAGUUAAUUUAAGGCAAGUCCGCAGACUGGCCUGUAGGUGGUGCUGUACCUUGCGGCAGAAAAAAGCACAUACACUCCUGAUCAAAAUCUUAAGACCAGUUGAAAAAUUGCUAGAAAACUUAAAACCUCAUUAAGAUCCAAAUGUGCAAAACAUUUGGAUCUUAAUGAGGUUUUAAGUAGAGCUACAAUAUGCAAAAGCAAGAAGGGGGAGUGAGACAAAAAGCACUUUGAAAACGUAAUUUAUUGAAAACAACAAACUGAAAUAGGCUGAACAAAAGUUUAAAACCAUCGCUCAAAAAAUAACAAAAAACUCUCCAAACCAGAACAAAACGUGUUCUCAGCAGGACUCAGUAAUGAGUAGCUCGUUCUUGUUAAUGACCUCAAAAAUUGCUUUGGGCAUGCUUGAUGCGAGUGUUUCCAGGAGGCUAGUGGGAACAUUGGGCCUCAUUCACGAAACGUUCUUACGCACAAAUCUGUUCUUAAAGCCUUCUUACGAAGAUUUUUGGCAUUCACGAAACGUGUUCUUAACUCACAGUUCUUAGAUCUAAGAACAAAUUCUACGAACACUCAGGAGGACUCUUACGCACAAGCAAAGCUUGCACUUUCAAUGCACAAUCGCCCUCAUGAUGGAUUUUGCAACCUGAUCCCAAAAAAUGUAGUGCAAAUAAAAUAUCCCAACAAUUAUUUAUCAUCAAAACAACUAAAAUAUACUCUAUGUGUUCCGCCCUGCGUAGUUCAGUCAUUGUUUCUGUCGGACCUUUUUUGAGUGACGGACGUAUCAGACGAACAGUAGUAAGGCAGUCAGUCACACGUGAGAGCUUCGUCACGAAAACGUGGUCAGAUCUUUGUCUUCUUACAGUCUAUAAAGGGAGGAAAAAGUGUAAAGAAAUAAAACUGAGGACAAAAAAGGAUCUAAAGAAGGAGCAUCAGUCCUCAACCAAACUUCUGGAGCUUCCCUUCCUUCCUGUAUGCUGCUAUCUAUCUGUCUAGCUGCACAGAGCUUAGUACGUGUUGUGAGGGCAGAAUAGUAAGAAGACAGUAAUACACCAACCUCUACAUGAAGCGGUCCAACUCACACCCUGAUUACGUCACUGCUUAACCAUCAACCUCCAAACGGCAAAGAUGGAUGAACAACACAAUAGAGAAGAAGUGCCGUCACUGGAGACUAGAUCCCUAGCCCAAUCCUCGAGGAUAUCGGGAUGCACAAGUAGCAGAUCAUCAACGGCAAGCUCUGCUGCACGCAAAGCUCGAGCCAAAGCCGAAGCUGCUCGCACACAAGCUUCAUUCGCUAAGAAGGAAGCGGAGAUGAUGGUUGAAGAAGCAGCUCUGCAAGCAGGAAUGCACAUUCUAAGGAAAGAAAAGGAAGCUGCUGCAGCUGCCGCAGAAGAAGCAGUGUUUGUAGCUGCUGUGGAAAACAUAGAGAUGGACUCUCAUCAUGGCAUUAACUUACCCUUUCCGCCAUCCAAUGCUGCGCAACGGACGCACGAGUAUGUUUUGCAACAUAGUUCGGAAGCGACAGAACACAUACCUGCGUGUCCAAGUUCACAAUCUGCGGUGGAGAAAGUCAAACAAGAAGCGAGUAACCCCAAAAUGCUUGAAAAUGCUCACACACAAGUAAACUCUAAAGCUGUAAAUUCCCGGCCAGCAGUGAAUGCCACACAACAUAAAACAAGACAUUCAGACUUACAUCCAAGCCCAACUUAUGAGAUCCAGUCUGCACCACGAAGACGGGACCCGGACGAAACCUCAAAGCAAACUGCAACAACAUCUGAUGUUGCAAAAUACAUCAUGAGAAGAGAAGUUGUCACAUCUGGUUUAAUGGAGUUUGACGACCAUCCUGAGAGUUACUGGGCAUGGAAAGCUUCCUUUUGAGGUGUCAUAGAGGAACUUGCUUUGAAUCCAAGAGAAGAACUAGACCUCUUAGUUAAAUGGCUUGGGCCAAAUUCCAAAGAGCAAGCCAGAAGAAUCAGAGCCAUACACAGCCAUAACUCAGUAGCAGGGCUAAACAUGGUCUGGCAAAGACUAGAGGAGACCUAUGGUACUGCAGAGGCAGUUGAACAUUUGCUGUUGAAAAGAGUUGAGGAAUUCCCUAAGAUCUCAAACAGAGACAACAUUAAAUUAAGAGAGCUGGGAGACCUCUUGUUGGAACUUGAAUAUGCAAAAAAUGGAGGAUACCUCCCUGGAUUGGCAUAUCUUGACACUUCACGUGGAGUGAACCCAAUAUUAGAAAAGCUCCCGUUUAGUCUCCAAGAGAAGUGGAUUUCCCAAGGCUCGAAAUACAAAGAACUGAACGGUGUCCCAUUCCCACCUUUUACAUUCUUUGCAAAGUUUGUUCGCUCUGAAGCUAAAACCAGAAAUGAUCCGAGCUUCAUGAUAUUGUAAGCUAACUACUCAGGCCCCACCAAGACAGACAGGUCUACAAAAUAUACCAUCAAAGUACCAGUGUCAGUGAGGAAAACCGGAGUGUUUUCUCAAACUACAGCAACUUCAACAAACUCUGCCGAAAAAGAAGUUUUUGAUCCCGAUCGUCUUUGCCCCCUCCAUAACAAGCCUCAUGCACUCAGAAAGUGCCGCACCUUCCGCAGUAAGCCGUUAGAAGAACGCAAGACCUACCUUAAAGAAAGGAAUAUUUGCUUUAGGUGCUGUGGUUCAACCAAACAUAAAGCAAAAUACUGUGACCAAGAAAUAGAAUGUAGAGAAUGUGGCAGCAGAACUCACACAUCAGCUCUACACCCGAGUCCAGCACCGUGGAUAACAAGAGUACCAGCAGAGCACGGCGAGGAGGAGGAGGCACACGAGACUCAUCCCGAAACUCCCCCUGCAGUGACAUCAAAAUGUACUGAGGUCUGUGGAGAAAACGCUAAUGGCAGAUCGUGCUGCAAGAUAUGUCUAGUUAACGUCUACCCUGAAGAUCAGCCAGAAAAAGUAAUUCAGACAUAUGCAGUGUUAGAUGACCAGAGCAACCGUUCACUUGCACGUCCUGAGUUUUUUGACCACUUUGACCUCCAUGAAAAAGCAUCUCCCUACACAUUAAAGACCUGUUCUGGCAUUACCGAAACUACAGGGAGGAGAGCAACAGAAUUCGUGGUGGAAUCCUAUGAUGGAAAGAUCAAGCUAAAACUCCCAACUCUUAUUGAGUGUGAAACAAUUCCAGACGACAGAGAUGAGAUUCCCACGCCUGAAAUAGCCCAAUACUUUCCCCAUCUGAGACCUGUGGUAGACAAAAUACCGCCACUCAAUGGAGAUGCUCAGAUCCUCAUCCUGUUAGGAAGAGACAUUUUGCGAGUGCACAAGGUGAGACAACAGUACAACGGUGAACACAACGACCCUUAUGCCCAACGCCUUGAUCUCGGGUGGGUCAUAGUGGGGAACGUUUGUCUGGACAGAACUCAUAAAUCCCCCAGUGUUAGCGUGUACAAGACACAUACACUCCCUAACGGACGGACCUCCAUGUUAAGUCCUUGUCCUAACAAUAUCCAAGUGAAAGAGACACUUAAAACAAAAAAUACUCACCAACCAAGUGUUACCAACUACAGGUUACAAGGCGAGGAGGUUGAAGGACUUGGAGCUACAGUCUUCGACAGAACUCCCGAAGAUGAAAAGAUAGCUCUGUCAAUUAAUGAUCAAGCCUUCCUGGACAUCAUGGACAGAGAGGUUUACAAAAACGACGCAAACAACUGGGUAGCGCCGCGACCGUUCUGCAAACCCCGUCGCCGCCUCCCUAACAAUCGAGAGACAGCUCUUCGACGACUCUUAUCCCUCAGACGGACACUAGAUAAACGCCCGGGCAUGAGAGAGCACUUCUUGGAAUUUAUGAAGAAAGUGUUUGACAACGAUCAAGCUGAGCUAGCGCCAGAGCUAGAGGAACAUCAAGAAAGGUGGUAUUUGCCUCUAUUCGGUGUCUAUCAUCCUCAAAAACCAAACCAGAUCAGAGUGGUUUUUGAUUCGAGUGCCAAACAAGAUGGUGUGUCACUGAACGACGUGCUGCUCAGCGGGCCGGAUCUAAACAAUUCACUGCUAGGGGUCUUGCUGCGCUUCAGGAGGGAACUCAUAGCAAUCACUGCUGAUAUUCAGCAGAUGUUCUAUGCGUUUGUAGUCCAUGAAGAUCAUCGUGAGUAUCUACGGUUCCUUUGGUAUAAGGACAACGACUUAAACAAUGACAUUACAGAAUUCAGAAUGAAAGUGCACAUAUUUGGCAACAGUCCAUCACCAUCAGUUGCUAUCUAUGGCAUGAGAAGAGCAGCUCAAGAGCAUCAAGAAGAAUAUGGCACAGACAGCAAAGAGUUCGUCACACGGAAUUUCUAUGUAGACGACGGUCUGAUAUCGCUGCCAACAGAAGAAGAGGCCAUCGAUCUUCUAACAAGGACUAAAAGAAUGUUGUCAGAAUCCAACUUAAAACUCCACAAGAUUGCUUCCAACAGCAGCACAGUCAUGAGAGCAUUUUCCCCGGAGGACCUCGCAAAAGACUUGAAAGACCUUGACCUUGCUGUAGAUCCUCUUCCACUCCAACGAAGCCUUGGACUGAUAUGGAAUCUGGAGAGCGACAGUUUCAGCUUUCAAGUAUCUCAAGAAGAAAAACCCUUCACAAAAAGAGGCAUCCUAUCCACCGUUCAGAGCCUCUAUGAUCCACUGGGCUUUGCUGCUCCCAUCACAGUUCAGGGAAAACUUCUGGUCAGAGAGCUGUCGUCCAAAGUGUGCGAAUGGGAUGAUCCGCUCCCAUGGGAUCAAGCAAGAGCCUGGAAACUGUGGAAAGAGUCUCUCUUGGAAUUAGAGAAGCUGCACAUAGACAGAAGAUAUGUGCCCAUCUCUCUCACAACAUCACAAAGCAGAGAACUCUGCAUCUUUUCUGACGCCUCAACACAAGCCAUUGCAGCAGUAGCCUACCUGUGUGUCACCGACAACAAGAACCAGCGCUACGUAGGAUUUAUCAUGAGCAAGGCAAAGUUGGCGCCUCUUCCAGCUCAUACAGUUCCACAUUUGGAGCUGUGUGCAGCAGUCCUGGCAGCUGAAAUGGCAGAGACAAUCCUCAGCGAGAUAGACAUCGAGGUGCAAGCAGUGAGAUUUUUCACCGAUAGCAGGAUUGUCCUCGGGUACAUCCACAACGCCUCUCGAAGGUUUCAUGUGUAUGUGGCCAACCGAGUAAAUCGCAUUAGGAAAUCAAGUCAACCACAACAAUGGCAGUAUGUGUCCACAGAGAAGAAUCCGGCAGACCACGCCACAAGACCUGCGUCUAUAGACGUCCUUAGACUCUCUAACUGGUUCACAGGUCCCAGAUUCCUGCUACAUACUGGUGAACCUCCGCAAGACAACACCUUUGAGCUUGUUAAUCCAGAACAAGACGUUGAGGUUCGACCAGAGGUUGCUGUCAACUACCUCAAAGCUUCGGACACAGACAGGCAGUUCAGCUCAGCACACUUUGAACGUUUUUUGAGCUGGAAGAGACUACUGCGAGCCAUCACAAAACGUAUUCAAGUGACAAGAAUGUUCGCCAAAACUCACAAAGAUGAGGCGGUUGACGCACGAUGGCAAGCAAAGAGAAUCAUCAUUUGUUGUGUUCAGCGAGACUUCUUUGCAGAAGAAAUAAACUGUUUGAAAAAUGGGAUUCAGCUCACGAAAAACAGCCAGCUGAGAAAGUUAAAUCCAUUCAUUGACGAGGAUGGACUCCUUUGAAUUG